AUGGCACCUGCUGCAGCGGAUGCUGCCACGCCAAUUGGCAUUGCCAAUCUGCCCAACCAGCGACACAAGAUCGUUGCAAAGAGAGGCGCAGCCUUCACCAUCAUGGUCGCUGGCGAGUCUGGUUUGGGAAAGACCACCUUUAUCAACACCCUCUUCUCAACGACCAUCAAAAACUAUCAAGACCACAAGAGACGCCAUGCCAAACAAGUUGACAAGACCGUCGAAAUCGAGAUCACAAAGGCUGAGCUGGAGGAAAAGUUCUUCAAAGUCCGUUUGACGGUCAUUGACACCCCUGGCUUUGGCGACUAUGUGAAUAAUCGUGACUCCUGGAUGCCCAUCAUUGAGUUUCUUGACGAUCAACACGAAUCGUACAUGUUGCAAGAGCAGCAGCCCAAGCGACAAGACAAGAUUGACCUCCGAGUUCAUGUCUGCCUUUACUUCAUUCGCCCCACAGGUCACACCUUGAAGCCAUUGGAUAUCGAGGUCAUGAAACGUCUAUCCACCCGUGUCAAUUUGAUUCCAGUCGUCGCCAAGGCCGAUACACUUACUCCUGUCGACCUCGCACGCUUCAAGCAUCGCAUUCGCAAUGUCAUUGAAGCGCAAGGCAUCAAGAUCUAUCAACCUCCUAUCGAAGACGAUGACGAAGCAGCAGCGCAACACGCUCAUGCCUUGAUGGCUGCCAUGCCGUUCUCUGUGAUCGGUAGUGAAAAGGAUGUCAAGACCCCUGAUGGCCGCGUUACAAAGGGCCGGCAGUAUUCCUGGGGUGUUGCAGAGGUGGAGAACGAGGAACACUGCGAUUUCAAGAAGCUGCGAUCCAUUCUGAUCCGCACACAUAUGCUCGAUCUCAUUCAUACCACCGAGGAGAACCAUUACGAAGCAUAUCGAGCCCAACAAAUGGAAACACGCAAAUUCGGCGAAGCAAGACCCCGAAAAUUGGACAACCCCAAGUUCAAAGAGGAAGAAGAAGCUCUUCGGAAGAGAUUCACAGAACAGGUCAAGGUGGAGGAGCAGAGAUUCAGAGCCUGGGAACAGAAGUUGAUUGCAGAAAGAGAUCGAUUGAACAAGGAUCUGGAGUCGACGCAUGCCGCCAUCAAGCAAUUGGAGCAGGAUCUGGAGCAGAUGCAGGGCAGUGCAGUACGCAGCCAUGGUCGUCGCUAG